GAGUAGCAUACAGAAGGGGCAUUGUUUGACACUGGUAGCGAGUUUCUAUAUUUGGCUAGUCGCAUGCAAAUCCUUAAAGCUCUUGUAUUUGCAAAUGAUAUUAUAGAAGUGAAAGUAAAUGUAUAACUGUUUAUAUGGCAGACGCAAAGCUGAGUAAGUGUACUUUAGAGUCUGAUGUAGAGCUAGGGCUCAUCAACAAAGCGUUGUGUCCCUUACUAAUGAUACUGAGCCCUGGACUAUGAUCUACCUCAUAGAAGCUAAUGUGUAUACCAUGCCUUGAACCCGAGCCUACUAUAAUGCUAUGAACAUGCAGUUGGAGUAGGUUCAUGUAGUAGGUGUCUUAGUUGUAUUGAGAACCCGAGGAGGGUAGUGGUCAGGAAGGGUAUUGUUUAUAAUUGAUACUGAUUGUGAGUUCCUAUAUUUGGCUUGUCACAUGCAUCUUAAAGCUCUUGUAUUAGCAAAUUAAUAGGGAAAUCAUAACUGUUGAUAUGGCAGACCCAAGCUUGAGUAUGAGUAGUUCUGAGUCUGGCUCAUCAACAAAGCAUGUGGUGUUUGCGUCCAGGGCUCUUACUAAUACUGAGCCAUGUGUAGUGAAUACUCUAACAGAAGAAAACUGUUUAAUCAACCAACCUGUGACAGAAGACGUUAUCCUAAGGUGCAGUCAGUACCUCAAGCCUAAAUGCAGAGUACGAAAGAUUUCUUCAAAGGCAGCUGUGUUAGUGCUCAUUUGGAAUGGUCUAGUCAGCUCUAUAAUUGGAUAUUUGGGCAAUCUAACGAUAUUGCUUCCUUUGAACGAUGACGAUGACCCCAUUUCUGUUAUUGUGCCUGUAGUCAUAUUUGUCAUUGUGGCUUUGCUUACUGGCUACAUUGCUGCUAACUUUAUUGGGCGAUACCGAUUGGCAAAGAUUGCAUUUAUACUGCUGUUUGUAACUUCCAUUCUGCAGUGUAUAUUGGUUAUAGUCGGACAGCCCAUCAUGGAGUACUCACAUAGUUUGAGUAUUGGAUUAGUAACGUUCACUUUAUCUCUAGGAUAUGGUAGUCUUGCUAUUCUAUUUGUCACUCUACCUCAAAUUGGUCUGGAUCAAAUGACCGACAACUCGGUCUCCAACAUCACUAGUUUCAUAGCGUGGUUUGUCGCUUCUUUUUUUGGGGGUGUUUGGUUUAGUGAUUUUUCUCACACCACGGGCUCGGUUUGUUUCGGAAGUGAUUUUGAGACAAUUUGGAGCUUAUUGUCUGUAGUUAGCAUGUCAAUUGUUGUCAUCUCUGACUUUUUCCUCACUCCAAAAUGGCUUAUUAUUGAACCAAAAUCUCCACAGUCUAUUAAGACGACCUAUCGUGUUUUGAAAUAUGCUGCAAAACACAAAUCUCCUACUAAUCGUAGUGCUCUCACAUACUGGGAGGAAGACAUACCUUCUAGACUAGACCUGGGGAAGACAAAGUAUGGUGGACCAUUUACAGUAGAGCAAGUUGAAGAUGUGAAAACUCUCUUAAGAAUAUUAGCUCUCACUGCACCCUUAUGGCUGAGCUUUUUAUCAUUCCAAAUACAAUCGAACAUUGUAUAUAUACUCAAAGCUGAUCCAUUUGAAAAUGUUGCGAAUGCAACCGACAGCCAACUAUGCCACUCACAUGUGAUUAUGUUUUUCACCUCUGACCAGAAUUUGCUUAUUGCCCUGUUCCUGUUGUGCAUGAGCUCGUUAUUUUCCCACUAUUUGGACACUUGACUCCGAGCUCAAUCCGACGU